AGUGCGCAGGCGCGGCCAGCGUGUUUCCCGGACUACGGUAGGCGCUGCCGUCCGGCUCGUCGGCUGUAGCCGGCUCGGCAGCCGCCCGGCGCCAUGGCGGGCUGCGCGGCACGGGCUCCGCCGGGCUCCGAGGCGCGCCUCAGCCUCGCUACUUUCCUUCUGGGCGCCUCGGUGCUCGCGCUGCCGCUGCUCACACGUGCCGGCCUGCAGGGCCGCACCGGGCUGGCGCUCUACGUGGCGGGGCUCAACGCGCUCCUGCUGCUGCUCUACCGGCCGCCGCGCUACCAGAUAGCCAUCCGAGCCUGCUUCCUUGGCUUUGUGUUUGGCUGUGGAGUACUGCUCAGUUUUAGCCAAUCUUCCUGGAAUCAUUUUGGCUGGUAUGUGUGCUCGCUGUCCUUAUUCCACUAUUCUGAGUACUUAGUGACAGCUGUCAACAAUCCCAAAAGUCUGUCUUUGGACUCAUUUCUCCUCAAUCACAGUCUGGAGUACACAGUGGCUGCUCUUUCUUCUUGGAUAGAGUUCACACUUGAAAAUAUCUUUUGGCCAGAACUGAAGCAGAUCACCUGGCUCAGCGCCACGGGGCUGCUGAUGGUCAUCUUUGGAGAGUGCCUGAGGAAGGCUGCCAUGUUCACUGCGGGCUCCAACUUCAACCACGUGGUGCAAAAUGAAAAGUCAGACACCCACACUCUGGUGACAAGCGGGGUAUACGCUUGGUUCCGGCACCCUUCCUAUGUGGGGUGGUUUUACUGGAGUAUUGGAACUCAGGUGAUGCUGUGCAAUCCCAUCUGUGGUGUCGUCUAUGCCCUGACAGUGUGGCGCUUCUUCCGAGACCGGACGGAAGAAGAGGAGAUCUCACUCAUUCACUUCUUUGGGGAGGAGUACCUGGAGUAUAAGAAGAGGGUGCCCACGGGCCUGCCUUUCAUAAAGGGGGUCAAGGUGGGGCUAUGAUGUGCUGGGGCCUGGCUGGACUAAGGGCCUCGGACCCCCCACAGCCCUAGACAAAACAGCUUCCAGUUGGCCACUAUAGAAUGAAUUUUCUUAAUAAUUUUA